UGGCGGGGGAGGGAGGGGAGGAGGGCGGGCAGGCGGCGGCACCGCCACCAGCCGGAGGCCGCUCGGCAGAGGCGGGCAGCGCCGUGCCCCCCGCUCCUCUCCUUCCCCCGCCGCGAUGCCUCGGCAGCCCGGCUGCGAGCGCUGGCUCCUCAUCGCCGCUUGCGCCCACGUCUUCGUCCUCCUCCCGCCGCCCCGUAGCAGCGCUUUUGCUGUAAGUGUAGUUCUUGAAGAUGCAGAAGAUAAGACUGAACUACCAGUGCUGCAGAAGUCUGAAAAAAGCGGAACAGUGAGUAAAAGAAGCAGAGAAUUAAAAGAAAUUGUAUUUGUCAUCCAGAGUCAAAGUAAUUCAUUUCAUUCCAAGAGAGCAGAAGAUCUAAAAAGAGAUGUUUUGAAACAGGCUGCAGAUCUUGGAAAGGAAUUACCUAUAGUCCUGCUUAUUCAUCAGAUGGACAGGCAUGAAGGUGCAUGGACCAUAUUGCCAUUAAUGAGAGACUUCUCUGUUGCCUAUGGUAGGAAUUCCUCAUGGAUUUUCUUCUGUGAAGAAGAUACAAGAAUACAAGUUGUAAAGCUGCUAGAAACUCUUGGAAGGUUUGACGCUUCUAAGGAGUGGUUUUUAGGUAAAGCAUUAUAUGAUGAAGAAUCUACAAUAAUUCACCACUAUGCCUUUGCUGAAAAUCCAACAGUCUUUAAAUUUCCAGAUUUUGCUGCUGGAUGGGCACUUAGUAUUCCACUUGUUAACAAGCUUGCAAUCAAGUUGAAAAGUGAACCACUCAAGUCAGACUUUACUAUAGAUCUAAAACAUGAGAUUGCCCUGUAUAUUUGGCAGAAAGGGGAUGGACCCCAUCUUACACCAGUGCCUGAGUUCUGCACAGAUGACGUGAACUCGUAUAAGGUUGAUCAGUGUGCUACAACAUUCAGUAAUUUUCUGCCACUUUGUAAAGAGCCAGUGAAAAAGGAAGAUGUCUUUGUUGCUGUAAAAACAUGUCGGAAAUUUCAUGGAGACAGAAUACCAGUUGUAAAGCAGACUUGGGAAAAAGAAGCUGCACUUAUUGAAUACUACAGUGAUUACGCAGACAUCUCCAUUCCUACUAUAGAUUUAGGCGUACCUAAUACUGAAAGAGGUCACUGUGGAAAAACUUUUGCCAUUUUGGAAAGGUUUUUGAAUCAUAGCUCUCCCAGAACUCCUUGGUUAGUCAUAGUGGAUGAUGACACACUGAUAAGUAUAUUCAGGCUCCGAAAAUUGCUCAGCUGCUAUGACCCAAAUGAACCAGUAUUUCUUGGAGAGCGUUACGGUUACGGCUUGGGAACAGGAGGAUAUAGUUACAUCACUGGAGGAGGAGGGAUGGUUUUCAGCAGAACAGCUGUUCAGAAACUACUUGCUAGUAAAUGCCGGUGUUACAGCAUGGACGCACCUGAUGAUAUGGUUCUUGGGAUGUGUUUCAGUGGCUUAGGAAUCCCUAUAACGCAUAGUCCACUCUUCCAUCAGGCACGGCCAAUGGACUACCCAAAGGACUACCUUUCUCACCAGAUUCCAGUAUCAUUUCACAAGCAUUGGAAUAUCGAUCCAGUGAAGGUGUAUUUUACAUGGCUGGCACCAAACGCAGAAGAGGUACUCAAUGGAAAGAAAGUUGGUUACAACAGGGAGGAUUUAUAAGCAGCAGGUUGUUGAUGAAUGUACUGCAGAUGAGAGGCUGACACUACUGUGAUUUUUGUGCUUUUCUUACAUUGAUCAUCUGUUUGUAAUAUAGAUGUUGUUGUUUUGUUCCUGGUUGCUACAUUCCUUCAGAGCAACGGAAGAAGGCAUGUAGUUGACAUUUGGAUUCUUCUGUUAGUUUGGUUUCUCUUUUAGGGCUUUAUAUACCAAUGAACUUGCCACACAUUUAAAAUGUCUCCUACAACUUUAUCUGUGUUCUCUUUUGGACUUUUUUUAGUCAGCAUCAGUUCACAUUUCCUUCCUUUGUUCUUGCAAAAACUGAAGUUCUUUAUUUGGGAGCCUAAUACUGAACAUCUGUUAAACAUCUAUUGAACUUCGUGUCUGCUUGACCUGCAGAAAACAGUUCUCUAAACCAUUCUGGAACAGGUUCCUGAUAGAGGGGAGACAUGACUUUGUUUCUGUGGCCAGGAGCUGGAUUCUGUGAAGGCCAUGUUCCUUGAUACUCGUUUCAAACAGAAAUACUGUAGUUCCCUUGGAUAGGUGGACCAAGUGUGAACUACUAUUUUACCUUAAAGUUGAUUAGCAUUUCUGAGGAAUGUCGUGUUCAAAAUAGACGAAAAAGUUAAGGACUGGGAUUUCUUAAGUGGCCACGGGAGGUCACUGUGGCUCCUUUAGAAACCUAAAUCGCGGUGUAUCUAUUUGGCGAGUAUAAAUGUGACUCUCAAGGAUUUUCGACAAACUAACACUUCAGUAUUUCUGACGUGUGCAUUUCAGUAGUAUGUGGAUGCCAGCUUUAAAAAGUUUGUAGGAUUUCUAAUUUAUAUCACCAAGAUAAGUAAUUUUAUGCUUAAAACAUGUAAAAAGUGAUUCAUAUUUAAAUGUUCUUGAUUUUUUUUUCUUUGAGCAAUUCAGUUUUGUAAAAAUGUUUGUACAAAAACUGGCAUUAGUAUGUUUUGAACUAAUUUUUAUACUGUAAAACUGUUACUUCACGAGAACAGACUAUGGCACUUGUAUGCUGUUAUUUAACUUUGCUUGCUAUAUUGUAACCAAAUACAGGGUCUUAAAGCCAUACUGCUGAAGUCAUUUGUGGGUUUGUUUCUGGAUUUUUUAUUUUUUGGUAGGUUAGAAAUUGAUUCCAUUCAGAGUAAUGCAAUACUUGUUCUUACGCCUAAACAGGGGAGCCACUGAUUCCUGUUUCAGUAAUUACUGAAGUUGUAUAAACACUUGUUUGUGAAUGUAGUUUGUGGAAUUAGAAGCAUUUGAAUAGCAAGCACAUAUUCAUAAUAGAUUCAAGUACUGAUUAAAUAGGAGCAAUCCAUGUUAUGUAUUUUUUUUCCUUCCCACUAUCAGUGCCUUAAACAGUAGACAUUUUACUGAUACCAGGAGUAUGCUGUCUGGUACCAUGGAUGUAUCGUUAAUUAUGUUUACUGUUUAGAACUGUGAGAGCUGAAUAAAAGCAUUCUUGUUUAACCUUUUGUGCCUUCUUCCUUUUUGCAGAGAGAGUACAGGAUUCUUUAAGCACCUGCAUCAUAAUUUUAUCAGCUGAAUAAUAUUCGAUGGUCAGUUGUACUAAAAGAGUGUUUAAAGAUUUUUGUUUGAUUUCAUAUUCUGUUCUUACAUACUUCCCCAGAUGAGGUUAAUUUUCAAGCCUCUAUUUUUGUACAAAUGAAAAAUGCUUUUGCAGUGGACUCCUCAUGUGAUUGGCAGUCUUGAUGCUAUCACAAAAUUCCAUCUAUAAUGAUGCUAUCAUUUAUCACAUUCUUCAAAGGUCUAAUCACAUAGUUCAUUCACUUCCAACUUCAAACUGGUGACAUUUCACAUCUCCUUGGGCCUCGUGGAGGCAGAAUAGGUCAGGCAAAGCUGGUAAGCUUUGGAUCCAUACUGUGUUGCACUUCUGUGCUUCUGUCUUAACUGGAAGACAUUAACUCAUCCAUUGCUUGGUUACUUACUUAAACAUUUUCUUCUGAUGUGACUAAGGUGGUAGUAGCUUUUAAAGUCCACCUUUUCUCUUGCCGUUUCCUCUGGGCUUUACUGCAAGAAUUCUGGAGGUAUUAGUAAGUAUAAGACUUCUGAUUCCAGUCUUCAUAGUUUUGAAAACAAUGAAGCAGUAAUUUACUCAAGUAUCCUGUCCCAAAAAGUCAUUCUAAAUUUUUAGACAUAAUUAAUGAUAUGCAUCCCUAGCAGCAGCAUGGCAAAAGUGACAUUUUACUCCAUGAACUGAAAAAUGCAAGAUUUUUUUUUCGAACAGAGAGUUUCUGAAAAAAACUCUCAAAAUUGAAGCCUUCUAUAAUUAGUUUUAGAAGACUCAGCAAGGCAGUUACUAUCUGAAAUCUGGACAAAAUUGGUCUGUAAUAAGCUUGAGCAGUACUAGGAUUUUUAAAGAAAAACAAGAGGAUUAUAAAUGGUGUAAUGUUAAAGCAAAGCAAGAGAAGGAAAUUCACAAAUCACUUCUGUAGCAAGCAAAUUAAAAUGGGAUUGUAAAGUUGUAUGAAGUUCCCUUUUCUGAGAAGUUCUAGAACUGUAUUGUG